AUGUCUCAACUCCAUCUGGUCGAGGACACCGGGCAGCCGAUAUCACGGCCCACGCCGCCUCUUCGCAAUUCACCCGUCGUCAACCCGGCACCGCCAAUUUCAUCGAGUGAUACCCCCGGGAAUUCGUACCAGGAACGACGAGACCUCGAGGCAAACUCCUCAUCGGGUAGGACAGUACCUCAUAGGCCGUGGACUGACGGCGGACAGCAGCAGCCUAGCGAAAAUAGCCGAGACCAACAUUGCGAGUACCCAGUCGGCAAUCUUUUCAGGAGCCGCGACGCCCCUUCAUUCUUUGGCUCGUCCUACUUUGGGCCUCAUGAUGCUGCCAAGAUCAUCCAGGCUCCUGCUCCGGAACUUUCGUCUGGUCUCUUACCCAAGGCUCGAGCGAGCUCGACGCAUUCGUUUCGGGAUGAGGGCGGGCCGUUCUCCCAGAUAUGGGAGUUACUCGGGUUGUUGCCUAGAAAUAAAUCUGCAGUAGACAAGUUGACAGACUGUUUCCUAGACGAACUGAAUUGGGCUAUCGAUGCCGUGCAGCCCGCAUCGUUCAAGUCAAAGUACGAGGACUUUUGGUCCAGAAAAUUUGGCUUUGACGACUUCGCCACCAUCGACCUCCGUUGGUUAGCCCUGCUCUUCAUUGUAAUGGCAUAUGGUGUCCUAUUGGACUGUCCGAGACCGCGGAACAAAGAGGUGCAGGCAGAGGUCCACGAGAGCUCGCAGCGUUUCUACUGGGCUGCCCGAAGAGCCAUCGUGAUUGCCCCAACCUUCUACGGAGAAUCGACGGACCUCGUUCGGGCAGGUGUGCUGGUGACGCGCUACCUCAUCUACGCCCGCCGCGUACCCGAGUCAUGGCUUACGACGAGCUUCGCCAUGCGCAUGGCACAAGCCCAAGGCAUGCACAUUGACGGGGAGAGAUGGAAGCUGCCAAGAAAGGAGACAGAGACGAGGAGGCGGUUGUGGAGUAACCUCUACAUGCUGGACAAGACCAUCGCUCUCGCUCUCGGGCGCCCCUUUGCCAUCGUCGACCAGCAGUGUCUGGUGAAACAGGCGUCCAACGUCUGGUUAGACGAUCUCAAUGACGAGGAGGCGGCAGCUGCGACUGAAGCACCAAUGUCCGAACCGACUGCAAGUGUCUUCAGUCACAUGGCCCAUGAGUUGGCUGCAGUGGUGGGUAAGAUACAGGAGCGUUGCUUUGGGCUCUUCACCGUAUCUUACGAGACGGUCCUUGCCCUUGACAGUGAGAUUGAGACUUGGAAAAGCAAGCUCCCGAAAUAUUUCGAGGUCGAAGACCCCGACACGUCAAAAGACGAGCGCCUGCCUUUCUUGACCUGGCAUAGGCUGCACCUACACAGCAUGUAUCACUUCGCCCGGGUCACCUUGCACCGCUCAUUUCUGCUCCGCCAGUCAAUCACAAACCGAUACAAACAUAGUCACGACGUCUGCAUAGCUUCGGCCUGCGCUGACCUCAGCAUGGGUCUGAAGCUGUUCAGUCAACCCCUGAGCGACCGGUUGAAAUGGAGUCUUGGUCCGCACAACCUCUUCAACAGUGCCUUGGUGCUCGGCAUCAUCGCAGUCCGGGACCCGCACUCACGCCGGUCGCACGCAAUCCUUGAAGACCUCUCUGCAUAUUGCAGGAUGCAAAGAAAUGAUAUAUGGGUCAACGAGUUCGCCCUAGCUGAGGUCAAGAUGGUCGAGCUCUGCGUGAAGAGAGCGAGACAAUCUCAAUCUCAGUCAUCUCCUCCAACUGAGAUGGCCCCUUUGACUUCGGUGGACCCAGCUGAACGUUCUGUUCAACAUGCCGGGAGGACGGAUAGGCCGCCGACGCAACCACAACUCACGGUCGAGAGUCCUGACUUCGACCCCUUGCUUGCUGGGCUCGGACUCCCUUUCAGCACGUUGACUACGCAAACGAUGUGGGAUGAUUCAGGGUUCUUUUUGCCAGAAAAUGGAGACUUGUCGCAGUGGGAGCAUUUCAUCAAUACUCUCAUGCAUGAUUAA